AUGGGUUACAAGGCAGCUGUGCAGGUUUUGAAGCAAGCAGAAGAGUUGAAAGUCAAGGUUUCCAGUAAAUGCGACUGGCUUAAUAAUGCUGAAGCAUGGACAAACCAGCAGAAACUACAGACAAUCUACCACCAAGUGUUGGUAUUGGAUCUUGAGUAUGCCCUAGACAAAAAGGUUGAACAAGAUUUGUGGAAUAUUGGAUUCAAAAACCACAUCUCAAGUUUACAAGAAUUGGCCAGAGAUAAAAAGAAUCCUAAUAGAUCAGACUGCCAGGCACUGUUGACUUGGGCUCUAGAAGCUGCUUCAGGUUUUUACAUUACAUUAUUACAAGAAUUAUGCAAUACCUUUGAUGUAGAUCUGCCAUUUCGAAGGAGAGGCAGUGUAUUUGGACAAACUACUAGAAAUUCAGAAUUGACUGACUUGCCUCAAACAUCUUCCUGCCUUUACAUAUGUCAAUACUGCCUUGUUCAUUUAGGAGACAUAUCCAGAUAUAGGAAUCAGCGAAUACAAGCUGAGAGUUUUUACAAGCAAGCAAUCUUAGUCUCUCCAACCAGUGGACAUCCCUAUAACCAACUAGCUCUUUUGGAAGCUAGCCAGGGCAACAAACUGUCAACUGUAUUUUAUUAUAUCAGAGGGAUUGCUGUGAAAAAUCCUUUUCCUGCAUCUGUAACAAAUUUAUCAAGUACCCUCAAUUCCACUAUUGAUAAGGAAUGCAUCCAACCGGACAAAAUCCAGACGAAGAUGACAGUCAACGAGUUCGUCCAACUCUUUAUGUGUACUCACGCCUACUUCCACACCUGCUCCGAACUGAAACAAGCCGAACUCUCCGUGAAGAGCCUCAACUCCGUGAUGACCGCUCUGGUGGCUACGCAGAGCUUCACCAAGGACGACCUGAUGAAGAUUUCGAGCAUCAAUUUGUACUCGCUGGACCGACUGGGGUCGGUCCGGAAGGAAUUGACGAAGGAUGAGAAGAAAGUCCGGGAGUUGGUUUUGGAUUUGAUUGCGGGGUCAUUGAGCGCUCUUCUGAUGCCGGUGCAUACGCUGAAGAUGGACGAGGGACUGAUGGAUUAUUAUGCGCUUCCGGCAGUUAAACUCCUGUUAUAUUUCAUCCAAAAUGAGCCAGAUGUUCUGAAGGAAAAGGUCUUCACAAGCAGAUUACAGAUUUGGCCUAGUCUGGUUAAAUUAUUGAAUAACGUUCUCAAACACCUAAAAGGUUUCAACUUCAAUAAAUAUUCUAAAUAUCCGUUACCAGAAGACAAAGAUUUACAGGGAUUUUUACCUUUAUCGAAAAAUUUCAAAGAAUUUGAUUUCAAGGAAGGGAUUGAUGACAUAAAAGUGGAAAGACUGGUGAGGAUGAAACGAAUUGUGAACAUUAGUUCAUGGUUGACUGAAACAGACGUGAAUGGAAGCAAAUUGGUGGUCAAGAGUGAGAAGGAUGGUGAAAUUAAUUUUGAACCUGUUUGUAUUCAACCUGAUCCAACGAAUGAUUUAUUGGAAGAAAUGAAGUCGUUUAGUAUCGUCAAAAAUUCGGAAAACAAUGAAAAGAAAGGUAUGGAAAGAAAAACGGGUAUUCUGAAGCCACAAGGAUCUCUGGAAAAAUCCAGGGAAGAAAGAGAGCUUUUGUCAUCGUCGACUUCUGUGGAUUUGACUUCUACUGUGUCUAAUAUGUUCAAUUCGAACCCAAUUAAUAACAGAAUUGAUCCGAAAACCAAGAAAGGAAAACAGAAUAUAGCAUUGCAGUCAAUAUUCAGAAAAAUGGAAGAGAACAAUAAGCAGGUGAAAUUCAUCGUCGACGAACCGCCCGACAAAGACAGACCCGCCAAAUUCGAUCCGCCCCCCGCCCUCCCCCCUCCCCUUCAACCUCAACCCCACCCCUUCGCCCAGCCCCCGCCCCUGCGACCUCCCCCCACCUUCAACCCCUCAUUCGCCACUUCCAACCCCCCACCAUCAUCAACCUCUCAACCCGACUACCUGACGGCCCUUCGCAACAUGCCCAACCUACAAAUGGAGGGGCAGACGGCCCUUCGCAACAUGUCCAACCUACAAAUGGAGGGACAGACGGCCCAUCGCAACAUGCAGAUGGAAGGGCAGACGGCUCUUCGCCAAAUUCCCAACAUGCAGAUAGAGGGGCAGGGUUAUCAGUAUGGCUCGAAGAAGGACGGUGGGCAGAUGGGGCAGGCUUCGCGGUACCAGAAGGGGCCGCCCUUGGGCUACCACCCCGCCCAACAGGGCGGGUACGUGCAAGCGGCGAUGCCCUAUCAGAACGUCAGUUUGCCGCCGUCGCAUCCCUUCAAUGCGUGGAGUCACAGGGGUGCGGCCAUCGAGCAAGAAGUGCCGCCCAUGCCGAACCCCGCCUGGUGGCAGAACACCGCCCCGCCCCCGCCCGCCGCAAAUUACCGCCCCGACUACCUCGCCUUCCCGCCCGCCUACCCGCCCUCCAACUACACGCCCAUGCAGCAGGCUAAGCCGCAAGGGGGCGGCGACAUUUUCAAGUCGGGCGGCGGCGACGUCUUCAAGUCGCCUUGGAGCAACAGCUACGCGGGAGGCGGGGCAACUAUGGGGUACGAGAAGGGGGCGGCGACGGCGGCCAAUCAGGGCAUGUCGAUAAGGCAGGCGAUGUUGAAGGAGGGCGGGGCGCAGGGGGCGGCCGUUGGACCGCCGGGAAGUAAUUUGACGAGGAUAUCCAAUCCACCUUCCCAAGACACCACCUUCGUCCAUCAACAGCCGCCUGCCAAUCCGGGCUACUCACUGUUCAACAACAGCUGGACGCCCAACCUGGCUGGGCAACUGAGGGGCAGCAAGCCGCCCACGGAGGCUGCGAUGGGCGGCCACCUGCCCCAGCAGUCGCUUUUCAGCGGGCACGGGCCCAAAUCUUUGGCGCAGCUGCUCGAACAACAGAGCCAGUUGAACAAGCACGAUUUAUGA